AUGGAUUUAAACCACACUCAUGGCGACACUUCCCUCACCUUCUUCAAGCUAGUUUUCAUUUUGUUUAGUACGACGGAUUCUAUGGCCGUGGGAACAUCCCUGUUCUUCCUUUUCCUGGUGAUCUACGCGCCGUCACUCUCACGCGCCGUUGAUUCUCAGCCAGAGAUUGACGCCCUCAAGGCGUUUAAGCUCAACCUUCAUGACCCUCUUGGUGCUUUAACUUCUUGGGACCCCUCAACUCCGGCGGCCCCAUGUGACUGGCGCGGCGUCGGCUGUACUAACCACCGUGUCACCGAGAUCCGCCUUCCUCGUCUACAGCUCUCCGGGCGAAUCUCCGAUCGUAUCUCUGACCUCCGCAUGCUACGGAAGCUCAGCCUCCGAUCAAACUCCUUCAACGGUACGAUCCCUCCUUCACUCGCUUACUGCACGCGCCUACUCGCCGUCUUCCUCCAGUACAACUCACUCUCCGGGAAGCUACCUCCGGGGAUAGGGAAUCUCACAUCGCUUGAAGUGUUUAAUGUCGCCGGAAACCGUCUCUCCGGGGAGAUCUCCGUUGGUUUACCAUCGAGCCUCAAGUUCCUUGACAUUUCGUCGAACACCUUCUCUGGUCAGAUACCGAGUGGAUUUGCUAACUUGACUCAGCUCCAGCUCCUAAAUCUCUCGUACAAUCAGUUUACCGGCGAGAUUCCGGCGAGCCUCGGCAGACUCCAGAGCCUCCAGUAUCUCUGGCUCGAUUUCAACCUCCUGCAAGGGACAUUACCGUCUGCGAUCUCAAACUGCUCCUCCAUCGUCCACUUGAGCGCGUCGGAGAACGAAAUCGGCGGCGUGAUUCCCGCCGCUUUCGGAGCUCUUCCAAGCCUCGAGGUCCUCACGCUCUCCAACAACAAUCUCUCCGGUACUGUGCCGUUUUCUCUCUUCUGCAACACUUCGCUUAGGAUUGUUCAGUUAGGUUUCAACGCUUUCUCGGAUUUGGUACGGCCCGAGACAGCCAACUGUCGUACCGGUUUACAGGUCUUGGAUCUCCGGGAAAAUAAAAUCUCCGGCCGUUUCCCGAUGUGGUUGACAAACAUUUUGUCGCUAACGAAUCUCGAUGUUUCUGGAAACUCCUUUUCCGGUGAGAUUCCUCCGGAUGUCGGUAAGUUGAAGAGAUUAGAAGAACUGAAACUGGCUAAUAACUCUCUUACUGGUCAGAUUCCUGUUGAGAUUAAGCAAUGUGGCUCGUUAGGGCUCCUCGAUCUCGAAGGAAACCGAUUAACAGGGCAGAUUCCAGAGUUUCUAGGCUACAUGAAGGCAUUAAAGGUCCUGUCUUUAGGCAGAAACAGCUUCUCUGGUUAUGUUCCUUCGUCUAUGGUGAACCUGCAGCAGCUUGAUCGGCUAAACUUGGGUAAAAACAACUUGAAUGGGAGUUUUCCGGUGGAGUUGAUGGCCCUGACGAAUCUGUCUGAGCUGGAUCUCAGCGGAAACCAGUUUUCCGGGGAAGUUCCAGUGAGUAUCAGCAACUUAAGUAACCUCAGCUUUCUGAAUUUGAGUGGGAAUGGAUUCUCCGGUGAGAUACCAGCUAGUGUGGCCAAUCUGUUCAAGCUAACGUCUAUUGAUUUAAGCAAGCAGAAUAUGUCCGGCGAGAUUCCGGUGGAGCUCUCUGGUUUGCCCAACUUGCAAGUGAUUGCGUUGCAGGAGAACAACUUCUCCGGGAUUGUACCUGAAGGGUUUAGUAGCUUGGUGAGCUUAAGGUACGUGAACCUUAGCUCUAACUCAUUCUCCGGUCAGAUACCGCAGACUUUCGGGUUUCUUCGGUUGUUGGUUUCUCUGUCACUGUCAGAUAAUCUUAUCUUUGGCUCUAUUCCAUCUGAAAUCGGAAACUGCUCUGCUCUUGAAGUUCUCGAGCUAAGAUCGAACAGGCUAAUGGGUCAUAUUCCAGCUGAUCUCUCUCGUCUUUCGCGUCUGAAGGUGCUUGACUUGGGUCGGAACAACUUGUCAAGUGAAAUCCCGCCAGAAAUCUCUCAGAGCUCGUCCCUCAACUCGUUGUCACUUGACCACAAUCAUCUCUCAGGAGUCAUACCUGGAUCUUUGUCAGGUUUAUCAAACUUGACGAAGCUUGAUCUCUCUGUUAAUAACUUGACCGGGGAGAUUCCAGCUAGCCUCGCCCUUAUUUCAAGUAACUUGGUGUACUUCAACGUCUCAAGCAACAACCUCAAAGGAGAGAUUCCAGCUUCUCUAGGCUCAAGAAUCAACAACCCGUCAGAAUUUUCUGGUAACACAGAGCUCUGCGGGAAACCAUUAAACAGAAAAUGUAGAAGCAGCUCAGCGGAAGAGAAGAAGAAGAAAAGGAAAGUGAUUCUGAUGAUAGUAAUGGCUGCGAUAGGCGCGUUCCUUUUAUCACUCUUCUGCUGCUUCUACAUUUACACACUCUUGAAAUGGAGAAAGAAGCUGAAACAACAGUCGACAACGGGAGAGAAGAAACGAAGUCCUGGAAGAACAAGCGCAGGAAGUAGAGUCCGUAGCAGCACGAGCCGGUCAAGCACAGAAAACGGAGAACCAAAGCUAGUGAUGUUCAACAACAAGAUUACUCUGGCUGAAACAAUAGAAGCAACACGGCAAUUCGACGAAGAGAACGUUCUUAGCAGAACCAGAUACGGGUUGCUAUUCAAAGCCAAUUACAACGACGGGAUGGUUCUCUCUAUCCGCCGCUUACCCAAUGGCUCACUCCUAAACGAGAACUUGUUCAAAAAAGAAGCUGAAGUCCUAGGGAAAGUGAAGCACCGAAACAUCACGGUCCUUAGAGGUUACUACGCCGGUCCACCAGAUUUAAGGCUUUUGGUAUAUGACUACAUGCCCAACGGAAACUUAUCUACUCUGCUCCAAGAAGCUUCCCACCAAGAUGGUCAUGUUCUAAACUGGCCAAUGCGCCACCUCAUAGCUCUCGGGAUCGCUCGUGGUCUCGGUUUCCUCCAUCAAUCCAACUUGGUAAGAAUUUCUCAUGCCACCAUCGGGACGCUAGGAUACGUCUCACCAGAAGCCUCGUCGUCCGGAGAAAUCACAAGAGAAUCCGACAUCUACAGCUUCGGCAUCGUCCUACUCGAAAUCCUAACAGGGAAAAGACCAGUAAUGUUCACACAAGACGAGGAUAUAGUGAAAUGGGUGAAGAAGCAGCUUCAGAGAGGCCAAGUGACGGAGCUGCUAGAACCGGGGCUACUCGAACUAGACCCGGAAUCAUCGGAAUGGGAAGAGUUCUUAUUAGGAAUCAAAGUCGGGCUUCUUUGUACGGCGACGGAUCCUCUUGACCGACCAACAAUGUCCGACAUUGUCUUCAUGCUUGAAGGCUGUCGUGUUGGUCCUGACGUUCCUUCCUCCGCCGAUCAACCCUCACCGGCCUAA